CACCGCCCCCGAAGUUUGUUUUCACCAGCGUCAGGGACUCUAGUGGCGGCCGCGGCGGCUGUAGGGCCCGGCCGCGGCGCCACCAUGGCGGUGCGACAGGCGCUGGGCCGGGGCCUGCAGCUGGGUCGGGCGCUGCUGCUGCGCCUGACGGCCAAGCCUGGUCCGGCCUACGGCUGGGGGCGGCCCGGCCCGGCGAAGGGCUGGGGCCGCGGAGAGCGCCCGGGCUGGGCCGCAGGUCCCGGCUCGGAGCUGCGCAGAGUCGGGCUCGGGCUUCCCGACCGCUACCGCUUCUUCCGCCAGUCGGUGGCAGGACUGGCGGCGCGGCUGCAGCGGCAGUUCGUGAUGCGGGCGCGGGGCGGCGCGGGUCCGUGCGGCCGAGCCGUCUUUCUGGCCUUUGGGCUGGGGCUGGGCCUCAUCGAGGAGAAGCAAGCGGAGGGCCGGCGGGCGGCCUCGGCCUGUCAGGACAUACAGGAGAUUUUUACCCAGAGAAACAAGCUGGUGCCUAACCCAUUGGAUACUAGACGCUGGCAGGGCUUCCAGCUGGAGGAGUAUCUUAUAGGGCAAUCCAUUGGCAAGGGCUGCAGUGCCGCUGUGUAUGAAGCCACUAUGCCCUCAUUGCCCCAGUACCAGGAGGUGGCAAAGACCCUGGAGCUUCUUCCAGGGAAAGGACCAGAUAUCAUCCCACAAGGAGGAAAGGAGACUCAGGCUGCAGGGGCCCCUGCCUUCCCCUUAGCCAUCAAGAUGAUGUGGAACAUCUCGGCGGGCUCUUCUAGCGAAGCCAUCUUCAGCACAAUGAGCCAGGAGCUAGUUCCAGCUAGCCGAGUGGCCUUGGCCGGGGAGUAUGGCGCAGUUACUUACAGAAAACCCAAGGGAGGUCCCAAGCAGCUGGCUCCUCACCCCAACAUCAUCCAGGUUCUCCGCGCCUUUACCUCAUCUGUGCCACUGCUGCCAGGGGCCCUGGUUGACUACCCUGAUGUGCUGCCUCCACGUCUCCACCCGGAAGGUCUGGGCCAUGGCCGGACACUGUUCCUCGUCAUGAAGAAUUAUCCCUGUACCCUGCGCCAGUACCUUCGUGUGAACACCCCCAGCCCACGCCUGGCCACCUUGAUGACCCUGCAGUUACUGGAAGGAGUGGAUCAUCUGGUUCAACAGGGCAUCGCACACAGAGACUUAAAAUCAGACAACAUUCUUGUGGAGCUGGAUGCAGAUGGCUGCCCCUGGCUGGUGAUCACAGAUUUUGGCUGCUGCCUGGCUGACAAGAGCAUCGGCCUGCAGUUGCCCUUCACCAGCUGGUAUGUGGAUCGGGGUGGAAACAGCUGCCUGAUGGCUCCUGAGGUGUCCACGGCCCAUCCUGGCCCCAGGGCAGUGAUUGACUACAGCAAGGCUGAUGCCUGGGCAGUGGGAGCCAUCGCCUACGAAAUCUUUGGGCUUGCCAAUCCCUUUUAUGGCCAAGGCAAGGCCCACCUUGAAAGCCGCAGUUACCAAGAGGCUCAACUUCCUGCACUGCCUGAGUCGGUUCCUCUAGACACAAGACAGCUGGUGAGGUCACUGCUCCAGCGAGAGCCCAGCAAGAGACCUCCUGCCCGAGUAGCUGCAAAUGUGCUUCAUCUCAGCCUCUGGGGUGAACAGAUUCUAGCCCUGAAGAAUCUGAAGUUAGACAAGAUGAUUGGCUGGCUCCUGCAACAAUCAGCUGUUACUUUGUUGGCCGACAGGCUCACAGAGAAGAGUUGUGUGGAAACAAAAAUGAAGAUGCUCUUUCUAGCCAACCUGGAGUGGGAAGCGCUCUGCCAGGCAGCCCUCCUCCUCUGCUCAUGGAGGGCAGCCCCAUGACAGUCUGUCUGGAUUGGUGAAUUACUAAAAGAACUUACCAGCACCUGUGUUAUGAUGGUCUGUGAAUGCCGCGGGUCUCUGAGGUGUAAGAGGGUGGGAGUCAGGAGACAGGACCGUAUGGAGGGCGGAUCAACCAGAAAAGGCCUCAGGUUUGGCAAAAAGAAGGACAACGUGAGUCAGAGUUCACAGACCAUAGCUACUAACUCUAUCUGUGUGAUUUGGGACAAAUCCUAUGACCUGUGUGUAUUUUUAUCUGUCAAAUGAAGAAAUUGGUCUAAAUCAGGAUUGGCCAGCUUUCUUUAGAGGGUCAGCUAGUAGAUACUUUUAAGUUGUUACAAUCACUCAAUUCUGCCAUUGUAGCACAAAAGUAGCCUUAAAUAUAUAAAUGAACAAGCAUGGCUGAGUUCCCGUAGAGCUUUAUUUAUGGACACUGAAAUUUUAUUUUCAUGUGUCACUAAAUACUCUUAUUGUUUUUCAACCAUCUAAAAAUACGCAAACCAUUUUUAGUUUGCAGGCCAUACAGAGACAGGGGACAGCCAAACUGGCCUGCAGGCCAGUUUGCUAUCCUCUGGUCUAGAUGAAUUCAGAUGGCAGAACUCUAAAAAAAUGAUCAUGGGCAGCACCUGUGGCUCAAAAGCAUGGGGCACUGGCCCCAUAUGCCGGGUUUAAGCCCAGCCCUGGCCAAAAACUGCAAAAAAAAAAAAAAAAAAAAAAGGCUGAUCAUGCGAUCCCUUUGUAAAUCGAUGCUAAAAAUAAUGUGGAUCAUCCCUGUGUACAGAGAAAAAUGAAGGCAUUCUCUGCAGCAGGCAAAAAGAUACUGUCAGGUCCAACUGCUGACUAGUAAGCCUGACCUCAGACCCCUGUCCUCACAGUCCUUUGCAAAGUUAAUGACUUAGCAGGUCCUUUAAGUGAGGCUAGGCUGAAAAAGUUAGGUCUGCAUCAUUCUGCAGAGAAUCCAGGCUAAGCAGUGGCUAUUCGUGGCAGAGGUUGGCUGUGACUUCUGCCCCUUGCACCAGGAAUGGCCUCUGGCUCAUUUGAAAGUGGCAGCGUGGCAUCAGUCCACAUUUGCCACCUGGGCUAAGACAGACAUUUGCACAGGCCAACAUAUUCAGGUUUCAGUGUGGAGAACAUGUGAAGCCUGGGAGGGGGCAUUCUGGACCAGGGUGUUUUUGAGAAAGCAUUUCCACAGAGCUGCUCCAGCUACUGAAUUAAUCUAGCAUAGCUCACGUGAAAUCAGUGGUGCAGGGGUGGACCUUGUUGAUUUCCCUCUUGACUAGCAUUUCUUACAGGUAUUGUGAAUUAAAUGCAAAUUUACAACCACAUAAUAUG